CUGAACACACUCAAACAUACAACAAUAUUAGCUAGCUAGCUAGUAUUCACAUAUACAUACAAUGGCUACUCCUACUUGUGUCUUGUAUUUCUGUGUACUUGUCUUCUUUGUUUCACCAUCUUUGUCAGCAUCAAAUGAAUUUCCUAAGACCGGAUAUAUCUCCCUCCCCAUUAACAUAGAUCCAACCACCCAUCAGCACUUCACAUCAAUAGGCAUAGGAACUCCACGACACAACAUGAAUUUAGCCAUUGACAUUUCAGGGAGCUACCUGUGGUACGACUGUGGUGGUAAUUACAAUUCCUCCUCUUACAAUCCUGUCCUCUGGGACUCCCCACAAUGCCCUGGACCCGAACCCUUCCAAUCCAAUUGCGAUGCUGGUUUUCCCUUUAAGCCAGGCUGCACCAACAACACCUGUAAUGUUGCCCUUGAUAACCCCUUUGCUGACUUUGGUUUCGGCGGUGACUUGGGUCAUGAUUUCCUCUUCACUCCUCAGAUCAAGUUGCCUCAAACCUUUUUUUCUGUUUGCUCAGAAUCUUCUAGGUUCCCCCAGUUACCUAUUCUUGUUGGCCUUCCCAAAGGCACCAAAGGGAGUCUAGGGCUUGCAAGGCAGUCACCAUUCACAUUACAAUCUCAAAUCUCUUCUUCCUUUAACAACGUUCCUCCCAAGUUCACUCUUUGUUUACCUUCUUCUGGUAAAAAGGGACAUCUUUUCAUUGGUGGGAGACCAACUUUCUCUACCCCUCUUUCCCAAAUUGGAUUUGAUAGCCGUUAUUCCAAUUACGAUUACUUCUUUCAUCUCAACUCAAUUCAUAUUAAUCACAAACCUGUUCAAUUUAACACUUCUGGUCUGUCCGUCGAUUUAAACGACAACGUGGGCACUAAAAUUAGCACCCUUCAUCCUUUCACAGUGUUACACCCUCAAGUCUACCAGCCCUUUGUUAAAGCUUUUGUGAAGGCAGCAAAGACCAAAAACAUGAAGAGAGUGAAAAAAGUGCACCCAUUUGGGACAUGCUACGAUGCCACUACCGUUGGGGAUCAUAGAGAAGCUGUGCCAGCUAUCGAUCUAGUGUUGGAAGCAGAAGAAUUAGGCCGCUUUGGGAAAGUGAGUUAUGAGAUAUAUGGCCACGAUUCCUUGGUUGAAGUGAAAAAAGGUGUGCUGUGUUUGGCUUUUGUUAAUGGAGGUAUAAGGGCAUUAGAUGCUGUUCUUCUUGGUGCGCAUCAACUCAAGGAUAGGAUUUUGGUGUUUGAUGAGAGUACCUCAAUUAUAAGCUUUAGCUCCUCCCUUGUGCAUCAAAAUAAAACCUGCUUAGAUCCAACUUCUCUUUAAUCUGCCAAUCAUGCAUCAUUAGUGUAAUAUUAUGUUUGCUUAAUUUUGUAGUUUCGUGAAAAAUAAAAGGCCCACGUGGUGCUGUCUUAAUUAUGUGUCUUAAAUCUCAAGUGUACUUGUUCACCUAGAAAGAGAAAUCUCAAGUGUACUUUCCUUAAUAGAAAAAAGUUAUUCUGUCCUUUUGAUCUCCUUA